UGGUCUGGGGAGGCAACAUGUGCUGGUCUCCCUGGCUAUAUAAGACAUGCAUCACCACUGGUGGUCAUUCCAUCUUCUCACCUCUGUCCAGAUCCAAGCAAGAAGGCAGCAAUGUCUAAACUGCUGAUCCUCGUCGGCUUGGCCUGUGCUGUCGUCAUCGACGCUGCUGCUGUCCGAGACAAUGAAACAACGAACCACACCCAAGUGACGCAGGGCUCGUCUGGUGAAGUCUGCACCAAAUUCGGGCGCCGCUGCCUGUCUGGAGAAGUGUGUGACAACAAAGUGUGCAAGUGCUCAAAUGGCAAGAAAGGAGAGGCCCUGAUCGAGUGUGUCGAACAAAAUGAGAAUCUGUGCUACCUGAGCGCUGACCCUCACCUGACCGCUUACGGUGAAGCCCGCGUGAACGUCAACAUGCCUUGCCGCUACAGAGCCAGCAGGUUUAUCACGGAGUCACCCGAUGCUCCCAUCCCAGAGUACACCAGCUGUUCUUUCGAGAUCUACGCCACCAACCAGCUGUACAAAGGCCGUUACAUCGUCGCCAGUGCACACAUCUCUGUGGGCGUCACGGACUCCGCCAGCCAGGUGCACAGCUCUUUUGAGGUCUACAAAAGCAACUACGAUGUUGAGGAGAGCUCCAUCUACAACUAUCUGGCCAGAAUCGUCAAGCGAGACAGCAUCUGGGGCAGCAGCAACGGCGUCAUCCCCGGCCUGGACGUGGACCCAAGCUUCGACGACGUCAACAACUUCGCCGUCCUCGACGUGAAGCAGUGCGACACCCGCAUCAAGUACCGCGCCUACGACCGCAAACGGCCCCUGCAGUCCCAGCUCCCAGGCCUGAGCAUCCAGACGCCAUCACACGCAAAGUUCGUACCUAACCUGGGUACCUACCCAGCCUCCGUGUGCGGCGUUCCUCAAGAUGGAACUGACCUGUUCACCCAGCGUGCGAAAGCUCUGAAUGUGAGCAACGCAGACACCGCCAUCAUCUACGACAUCCUCUCCCAGAGGCCUCCACAGGUAGACAACCCGAAUGCAGAUAUCUGCAACGAUGCUUUUGAUGCAUUCAGCACUUCCACCAACAAGGCUAGCGAUGUUGAGAGAUGUGCCCCCAUCGUCGUCAACGCCAAAAUCAGCACCUGCCUGGCGGAAAGUCCCUUUGCACCCGCCGACCCCUUCGAGCUGUUCGUGGACUGCCUGCGAUUCAACCAAGGCAACUACGACCACAGCACGUGCAUGCGUCUCAACGAUGCCUCCAACCUGUGCAAGGACUUCUGGGAAGGUCCCACGCUGUACAGAUGCUAAGUUCUUACACACGGCCAGAACGAGAUUUCUCAUUUUAUGAACAGUAUUUUUAGCAGAUCUCAUUCCAUUGGCGUUUGAACUAGCAAUCGCACGCAUUUAAUAAAAAUUCCAUCUUUACAAAGUGUCCAGGAACACCGGAAAUUGCAAAAGUCAUUUAACCGAGGACUCAGAGGGUGAUAGCUUCCCCCGUCAUGUCUGGAAAACAUCCUCUAGCUUCCUUUUCUAACUGAAGGAAAUAGUCUGCUAAAAAAUGCUGUGCAUAAAGAAGAAUAUAACAAUAGGUAUUUCAAAAUAAAUCCGAAACCCCUUUGACAUCAUGACAUGUGAACAUUGUUGUGAACACAAACUAACAGGAUGUGCAGCGAAACUAACUGAUGUCUGCCAUCAGUACAGUGAUCCUUGUCAUAGUCAAAUAAAGAUGAUGAAUCUUG